CCCCACGUGGUGGCGCGGCGCGGCGGGCGGCGGCGGCGAGAGCGCGUCCCGUGCCGGUCCCCGGGAGCCGCCGCCGCCGCCGCCGCUCGCCAACAUGGCGGACCUGGAGGCCGUGCUGGCCGAUGUCAGCUACCUGAUGGCCAUGGAGAAAAGCAAGGCGACGCCGGCCGCCCGCGCCAGCAAGAAGAUCGUGCUGCCCGAGCCCAGUAUCCGGAGCGUGAUGCAGAAAUAUCUUGAAGAGAGAAAUGAAAUAACCUUUGACAAGAUUUUCAAUCAGAAAAUCGGUUUCUUGCUAUUCAAAGAUUUUUGUUUGAAUGAAAUUAAUGAAGCUGUACCUCAGGUGAAGUUUUAUGAAGAGAUAAAGGAGUAUGAGAAGCUUGAUAGUGAUAACGACCGCCUGUGUAGAAGUCGGCAGAUUUAUGACGCCUACAUCAUGAAGGAGCUUCUUUCUAAUUCACACCCAUUCUCAAAGCAAGCUGUAGAGCACGUACAAAGUCACCUGUCCAAGAGGCAAGCGACAUCAACUCUUUUUCAGCCAUACAUAGAAGAAAUUUGUGAAAGUCUUCGAGGCAACAUUUUCCAAAAAUUUAUGGAAAGUGACAAGUUCACUAGAUUUUGUCAGUGGAAAAAUGUAGAAUUAAAUAUUCAUUUAACCAUGAAUGAUUUCAGUGUACACAGGAUUAUUGGACGAGGAGGAUUUGGUGAAGUAUAUGGUUGCAGGAAAGCAGACACUGGAAAAAUGUAUGCAAUGAAAUGCUUGGAUAAGAAAAGGAUCAAGAUGAAGCAAGGAGAAACAUUAGCCUUAAAUGAAAGGAUUAUGUUGUCUCUUGUCAGCACAGGAGACUGUCCUUUCAUUGUCUGUAUGACCUACGCCUUCCACACGCCUGAUAAACUCUGCUUCAUUCUUGACCUGAUGAACGGUGGCGAUUUACACUAUCACCUCUCACAGCAUGGGGUGUUUUCUGAGAAGGAGAUGCGGUUUUAUGCCACGGAAAUCAUUCUAGGGCUGGAGCACAUGCACAACCGCUUCGUGGUCUAUAGAGACUUGAAGCCUGCAAAUAUCCUCCUGGAUGAGCAUGGGCAUGUCAGGAUCUCCGAUCUCGGUCUGGCCUGUGAUUUUUCCAAAAAGAAGCCGCAUGCAAGCGUGGGCACCCAUGGGUAUAUGGCUCCUGAGGUGCUACAGAAGGGGACGGCCUACGACAGCAGUGCUGACUGGUUCUCCCUGGGCUGUAUGCUCUUCAAACUUCUGAGGGGUCACAGCCCAUUCAGGCAACAUAAAACCAAAGAUAAGCAUGAGAUAGACCGAAUGACACUCACCGUGAAUGUGGAGCUCCCAGACGCCUUUUCCCCCCAGCUGAGGUCGCUCCUGGAGGGCCUGCUGCAGCGUGAAGUGGGCAAGCGACUGGGUUGCCACGGAGGCGGCGCACAGGAAGUGAAAGAGCACAGCUUCUUCAAGGGCAUCGACUGGCAGCACGUCUACCUACAAAAGUACCCACCCCCCCUGAUUCCUCCCCGGGGAGAAGUCAAUGCUGCGGAUGCUUUUGACAUUGGCUCAUUUGAUGAAGAAGAUACUAAAGGCAUUAAGCUGCUUGAUUGCGACCAAGAGCUCUACAGGAACUUCCCAUUAGUCAUCUCUGAGCGCUGGCAGCAGGAAGUGACGGAGACAGUGUAUGAAGCAGUAAACACAGACACUGAUAAAAUUGAAGCCAGGAAGAGAGCAAAAAAUAAGCAACUUGGCCAUGAGGAAGAUUACGCCCUGGGCAAGGACUGCAUCAUGCACGGGCACAUGCUGAAGCUGGGCAACCCCUUCCUCACGCAGUGGCAGCGCCGCUACUUCUACCUCUUCCCGAACAGGCUUGAGUGGAGAGGAGAGGGCGAAUCACGGGAUUCCUGGAGUAUUUAUCCAAAAAAACAUAAAAUGCAAAAUUUACUGACCAUGGAACAGAUUCUCUCUGUGGAAGAAACUCAGAUUAAAGACAAAAAGUGCAUCUUGUUUAGAAUAAAAGGAGGGAAGCAGUUUAUCUUGCAAUGUGAGAGCGACCCAGAGUUUGCACAGUGGAAGAAGGAGCUAACUGAGACCUUCACAGAGGCCCAGCGCUUGCUGCGCCGAGCUCCCAAGUUCCUCAACAAGGCCCGCUCCGGUGUGGUGGAACUGUCCAAGCCACCGCUGUGUCACAGAAAUAGCAAUGGCCUCUGACCCCAGGGCCCCAGGGCUUCCAGGAGGCUGCACUGGGUCUGAGCCACAACCAGAUCUGCCAAAGAGCUGGCUCUGGGAUGGGACAGGCCCCAAGCUGAGCGUGGACCCUGGGCCGCUGAUGUCCCUGCAGGAGUGGGACUGUCCUCCACUGUGCUAGCUUCGCACUGCUGCUGGACAGUGUCUGUCUACACUGGGAACUACUGAAGAAAGCACAGCUCUUUUUCUUUGGUACAUACCUAUUUUGGUAUCUAUGAACUUAGAACUUGAAAUGAUUCCUACUUACUACUUAAAUUUUUAAGUCUAACAUCAAACAUACCUUAGACUUUGCAGGAUGGAAUUAAAACACUUCAGUGUCAGGGAGUAGGUUGCCUCGUGCGUAGCCAUAUGUUGCUCGUCCGGGUCUCUGCACCCAGCUCCUGGAGGAGGCAGGCAGCAGAGUUCCUGUGUAUACUCCCCACACACACACACAAGCCACUCGGCAUCAUCCCAGGGGCGGAAGCUGACAUGUCCUGACAGCAGCUCUGGGGACCUGCACCUGCGCCACCUGCCUCCAGGGUCUGUUCCAAGAGCUGCCCGCCGAGUGGGGCCAUCACCCCUGUAAGGGGUGUGGGAUGGGCUGUUACUGCAGGACAGGCGGCAGCAUUCCAGAAGGAAAGCAGCUUGCCAGGCUCGCAGGCUCCAGUCACUGCUCACCGCGGUGAUGAGCUGGCCGUGGCCCCACACCAGCAGCUUGGACACAGGCAUUCCGUUUCCCUCUGUGUCACCCGGGAAAUGUGUCAGCAGUGUGAAAGAAGGAAAAGAACUGCUCAGUUUCAGAUUUGACUGUGUUAUAAAAUGGAUUUUAUUUUUAAAAACAGUGCUGAGGAGCGAAUGUGUCCAAUGGACUAGCUGGAUGGACUUCUGUCAGCCAUCACUAGUGAGUAACACUUUGCACUGGGCUUUUGCACAACCCUGAGGGCGUUUAAGUAGGAUUCCCCCAGCCCCACUGGUGUUCCCUCCUAGAGUUUGAUGUCCCCGCUGCUGCUGUGCUGGGGAUGCCCCCAAGCAGAUACUGGGCUCCCAGAACCAGUGAAGGCCCCCACGUCAUCAGCUAAAACAUAAUCAUAAUUUUAAAAGUCCAUGUAUUUGUCCAGUUCUUGGUAUGGUUUUAUCAUAUGUUUUUAAAUUAACUACUCACAGAAGAAAUAAGUGAACCUCAUCAUUAUUUGGAUCCUGUCCUCAGUAUUUUAAUGGUUCCAAACCGUCAUUUUUGUAUUUGUGUGCUGCAGUCUCUGAGAAAGUAUAUACUUUUUACUGAAAUUAUAUUGUAAGAGUUUGGAAAGUAAUUUAAUGUGAAGAGGUCUAUUGUUUUAUAGGGAAAGACAUCUGGGUGUUACUCAUUUCAUCCAGCUGGGCUUCAGUGCGCGUACUUGUUCUGCUGUUUCCCGUGUUGGAGGAGGGCUGUAUUGUGCGUGUGUUCCACCUGUUUAAAAGGGAAGCAUAGUAUUCAGAUUCUGUUACACACACACACACACACACAGACAGGCACACACACGCGCGCCUAUGCGUGCGUGCUUAUGCCACCGGAAACAGGAAGGCCCUUGCUAUUGUGUCUGCCUGGCCCACUUGGAUCGGUUGCAGCCAUAGCUGCUUUAGAGGUCUUGUGGGUCACAAGCUCAGGGGCUUCAACCUGCGGAGAGAGCUGAGCCUCAGACAAAAGGCCUCCUGUCGGGGGAGCUCUGGCACCACGAGGGACCAAAGAAUUUAGAAAAAUUACCCAGCCUUCCCAUCCUUGCUGUCCACUAGAGCCAAUUCACAUCUCUUUCAAAACUUAUGUUUGCUCUAGAGCAAAAAAAAAGAAGCAUGAAUUAGAAGAUCCCCUGAGAGUCUUCUGCCCCAAGCUUAUGCUUCAUAAAUUUACAACUCCUAGGAGACAGCUGCGAAGUCUCCCUGGGUGUCGCUUGUCAGAGCUCUGCAAGAGACUAGGAUGAGCUGUCUCCCUCUCAGGGAAUCUGGUACCGCAGCCCCGUCUUCCACCGAAUCGUUUGUGACCAGCCGGGGUACUGCAGGGCCCACAGCCAGGCCAGUGGGUUGGAUGUAUUACUGUGCUUGACUUGUUAAGAGAAGUUUUCAGUGUUCACAAAAUGAAUUCCCAGAUGUUUGGCCCAUUACACAUUUUGUAUCAUUGAAAAGUUCAAAAGUCAGCCCAAGUUUUCACGUGACAGUAGAUUUCUACAGUUGGGAUGUUUUAACCUUGUUAAGGAAAAUAAUCAAGGUUGAUAUUUUUAUAAUGUUAUAACAAGACUUGAUUUCACAACUCAAAUGAAUCAAAGCAAAAAGUAAAAAUAGGUUACUUGAAGCUGCUAUAUAACAUAUAUGGAAUAAAUGAAGUUUAUAUGAAUCCUAGUUCAUUCUUUUUCUUCUUUUUUUCUUCAUCUUUUUUGUUUUGUUUUGUUUUGCUUAUUGUUGUCGUUUUGAUAGAAUGAGAGAUUUGAAUCAGUGUUUUUACUCUGAACUCUUGAUUUUUUGAGACAGGGUCUAAGUCACUAAGUUGCCCGGGCUGAGCUCAAACCCAUGGUCCCGCUGCGUCAGCCUCCCAGAGUGCUGGGCUGACAGGUGUGCACCAGCACGCCCGGCUGUAUAAUCAUUUUAAUUGAAAGUGGAGGAAUAUUGAACGGCACCAGAGAGAUGGCAAGCAAAAAACAAAACCCCACCAUUUAGGAAAAAGAAACCCAAAAAUAUGACCCUGGUAUUCGAGUCUUUUCUAUGCUACAGAUUCCACAGGAGGCAACUGAAUACUGUAAUUGAAUUGUGUUUACUGACAUAUUUUGGGGUCUUGUUGAGAAAACUUGAGCCCAAUUCCGAGUGAUGUGUUGUCCUUCAGUAUUACCACUGACCCCCAGGGACAGGGAGGGAACCACCAGUGGGACAGUCUUGCAAUUUGCCUUUCAAAUGUUGCUUAUAUUUAUAAUUAAACAUGCCUGAACCCUGCAUUCUAAGCAGGCCAUCCCGAUAGUUGAAAGACCAGAUAUGGUCACCUAGAGAGUAUAUUUGUGAAUCAGUACGUUCUACUUGGAAAAGCAUAUCCACUUUAUUUUCAAAAGAUUCAGUUUAUGUUUAAAAGGCAGAACAGUAGCUCCAUUAGACAGGGAUUUGUGUCACUUAACACUUGGCACUUGGGCAACAGUCACCAAGUACUGCUGAGUUGCGUAUGGAGGAGCGUGUUAUUUGUGGGCAUUUGAAUGUAUUUGAGGAAAGUAAUAAGGGGAACCCAUUGAUUUAUAGUUGGCAGCUUUAAAAAAAGUUGGCAGUUUAAGUACAUGGGAACAUUUUGCUACUUUUUUCUACAAAGAAAAAAUUGAGAGCACUCUUGACUUUUCUGAUUGUUUCAAGUGUGAUAUUUUGUUCAGGGCACCAUAAUCAGAAGAGUCUGGAGUAAGUUACCUGAGGCCAUCUGCUUUUCCUGAAAGGAGACACAUUUUCCUCUCACUUUAAACUACCUUUAAAUAGGCCUGAAACCGUGUAUGAGAGCUUUUGAUUGCAUAUUCUAGACAGAGUGGUAUUUUUGGAGGGGGCAGCGAUUUAAAUAUACCUGAAAGGUUAUGCUUGAAAAUAAUGUAUUUGCUUUGAUUAUAUGUUAAUAAAUUUAGGUUUGCAAUCUGAACCUUUCUAAUAAGAAAUAGAACAAAUCAUUUAGGUCCCUACAUUGUAACCCAGAUAACCCCUUCCCAGAAUAGCCCGGGAAUGAUAGAGAGGAAGUUGCAAUGUGAUUAUGGUAACGCUUUUCCAGAAACCUAAAAAAAAAAAAUCAUUCGGAAAGAAAAAAUGAAGGUCACUAAAACUUCUUAAACAUUUGCUCAUUUGUACAGUCAUUUAUUUCUAACAUUAAACUUAAGAUGAUGUAUUUUAGUAAUUUUACUCAUGUGAAAAAUCAGAAUUCAGUUUCAUUGUCUUCCAUAUGAUUUUUCAUAGCUAAGUGUAUAAGUAGAGGAAAUUGUUGCUUUUCUAAGAUAAAUGGAAAUUAUGCUGUGGCAAGGCCAUUCUCGUUUCGUUGGGCUACUUGUCGUUUAUAAAUUAGGUGAAGAAAGCUGGGUGUUUGUGGGUUUUGUUUCUGUUUUUGCUUUAAGUUUCAGUUGCGUGGGCUGGUUUUGAGCUUGUGAUUCUCAGCCUCAGGGCCAGGUUUAUUCUCAACCUGAAACCUGCUCUCUGAUGCAUUUUUCACUUGUGUCCCCAGGCCUGUUUUCUUUUUCCUUCUUGAUCAUGUCCAAAUACAGUUUUUCAGCAAAGCCUCUGGGCAUUAUGGAAAGUGCCUUGCCUAAUAUCUGGCAAGAUUUAGCUUAAUCCACAGUUUGACAAAUCUCAUAAGACGGGCCCCACUGCCAAUUAAAAAUACUGUUCACCAUUUCAAAAUGUGCUCACAGAUCAACGUAUGGGAUUUUUCUUGAUAUUUAAAUUUCACUCAGAAUUUGCAGUGGAGCCAAAACAACAUUUGAUCUUCCAUUGGAAUUGGUUUUGUAAUGAAUGUUUCAUAUUUUUAACACACAUCAAGAAAAAACCAAAAGUUCAAAGCAUGACCUUUUCCCUGUGCUAUAAAUCCAUAAAUUUGCUUUGAAUGAAGUGUGUUUUAAAUAAGCCUUACUUCAUGUGAUUGAACCCCACAGUUCUUUGCUCCGUCGUGUUCAGGGACCUGCCUGUGUCACUCAAGGACACUGGCUGCGUCCCCCCGCCCCCUGCGAGGGACUCAGUACUGUUGGCAGGAGAGGUGCUGGGCUCCAUUGGGAUCCCAGACAGCUGGGGCCCGGGGUGUUGCAGAAAGCAGCUGGGCAGAGGGAGAGGGGAGUGGAUUGACUGGUAAAGUCAUCCCCUUAUACCACAGAGCACCGAGGAAUUGACAGCUGGUGGCACAGUCCUUUCAAUGACAAGAAUGAUUCCUGGGGCACGUGGGCACUGCAUUUGUGAGGCUGGAGCUGCUGACCUGACGAUGCUGUUCGCCUCCCAACAGGACUUUGUGCGGGAGCCACAUGGCAUCUGCACCUCCUCCUGCUCUGUUGUUGAAGGCACAGGGUCCCUGAGGUGUCCCGGGGGCUGGAAUGCAUGACCUGGCCAGUCACUGGGGGACCUCGUUAAUGGACACUUUGAAGCUCCAGUAAAACCUGGGUGACAUGGCCAGACAGUCUCACUGCUUAUGCCUCACUGGGCCCAACAAUGGCAGCAGCAGUUUAAAUUUUUUUUAACUUUUUUUUUUUUUUUUUGGUCAGUACCAGGCAUCGAACUCACGACUGGGUGCUUGCAAGGCAGGCGUUUAUGCCGCUGAGCUAAAUCCCCAGCCCCCAGCAGUUUAAAUUUUUAAAGCUGCUUUUUUCUUGAAACUGUUAACUCCAUAUUGAUAUAAAUUAUCCAAGCCACAUUUUUAAAAAUUUUUGCUAUGGAAUGAAUAAAUGAAAGUUGAAAUCUACUCCUCGGUUUCCUCGUGGCAGAGUGGGCUUCAGAUUUCCGUGUCCUUUUCCAGGAGGGUGACUGGGUGCUCCCUCCUGCAGGUCCACAGGUGGCCAGACACACCAUGGCCGUGGCAAUGUUGACUCAAAAAGGCAAGACCCCAAAUUUUAAAUUGCCUUUAUUAAAAACAAAAGUCUACAGAAAGUAUAUUUAAAAGGUAUGCAUUUCAUCCAGAACAGGCAGGAAAAAAAAUCUUUACUUUUGGAGUCAAGUAUCAUUCAUGGAACUAGCACUCCAGGACCUAACAGUUUUAAAAUCACCUCUGCAAACUACUGUCUCUAUUUUUUAUUCUGCCCUAAAUCCAAAAUGAUUUUGUUGUCAGGAUAAGGAACCAAGAAAUAUUCCCAAUUGUGUGUUCAUAUUACAAAGGACUUGAAAUUUAAUAUCUUUUUUGUUGAUUAUGUUCCAGGCUGCAUAUAUUAAAUGUGGUUUAUAAGAUAAACACUGGCCAUUUAUUUAAAUCAUUUUUCUGUGCUUUUAAGUAUUUGGAAAAGAUUUGGCUUAUUCUUUGGUAACAAGGGUGGCUGAACCACAUGUAUAUGGGAUCUUUAAUAUGGAAAUUUUUUUCUGUCCUUUUGAGACAAGGUCUCUCUAUGCAGUUCAGGCUGACCUUGAGCUCACUGUGUAGUCCAGGCUGGUCUUGAAUUUGCAAUGAUCCUCCUGACUCAGCCUCCCAGAGUGGUGAGAUUACAGGCUUGGGCCACCACACCUGGCUAGCAUGGAAACUUUCUAUAUUAUCGAAUCCAUAGGUUUGGUUCAUCAGAAACAUUCCACAUACUUUUUAUUUGUUGUUUGUUUGUUUCUGGUACUAGGGAUGAAACUCAUGACUUCGAGCUUAGCAGGCAAGCACUUGAGCCACUGAGCUCAAUCCCCAGCCCCUCUCUUUUUAUUUGUAUAGUUUGUUAUUUAAAGAAAUUUCUAUCUUUCCUGUAUUUCAUGCAAUAAAACUAAAAUACUAUCAAUAGUAGUGUUGCAAAUCUGCCUAGGUUUCAGUUGGAAAUGACAUCAUAAAUUGUAAGGUGCAGCUCUGCUGGCAGUCCUGACGGCACCAGAUGACACCGAGUACUGCUGGCUGCCGACAGCUGACACUGAGCUGCUGGUCACUGCCAGUACCAGCCACACUGUCUGAUGCUCGAUGUGCCUGACACCAAGGUCAAGUCCGGUGAACAGUCUCCACUUCUGGUCUCCGGAGCUCUUUAGUGCUGAAAGUUCUGAGUGUUUGUUGCUCUUUCUUUUGAAAUGACUGCUCUGUCCUCUCAGGAUGAAAAAUCCCAAAUAGAUUUAUGGGACUUUUGCUGCCUACACUACUCAAGAAGUAAAUCACAAGCGGGUCUCCAGGAACACCAAAGCGAGUCUUCAUCUGCCACUGGCAAAGCCUCAUACCCUCUCCACCUGUGCAAGGGAAAAGUGGGAACCGAGGGUUUCUAAUCUUUCUCAUUUCACCCUCAGAGAUUUCAUCUUCCUUAAUCUUAGGGGAGCUGACAGGUGAAGCUGCAUCUUCUGUAACUGCUUUAAAGCUGACCUGGGACCGUUGGACCCAGAGAAAUAAAAAUCUCUGGCUAUUCCAGUGAUACCAUAUUUCCCUGAAAAUAAGACAUAACUACAAAAUAAGCCUUGGCACGAUUUUUCAGGAUGCUUGUAAUAUAAACCCUACCCCAAAGUAAGCCCCAGUCAAGAUGUUCAGCCUGAUGGGUGCAUCUAGUCCAUCUGCUGCAACAUGUGAUGGAUGUAUUGAAUUAUAGUAUCAGUAUAUAAUUAAUAUAAAUUAUUGACAAUACUUCAAAUAAUACAACCUAUAUUUGUAAAUACCUAAGCGGUGCUUUUGAAGAACAGGUAUAUGCCUAUGUAAAGAGGUGAACUCAAGGUUUAUUGCCAAAUGGCCAGACAAGAAGAGUACAGACACAGCACACACACACCGUGUGCACUUGGUGACAAAUGGACGUGCUUGUGUCUAAUCUGGAUCUUCGUAAUUCAGUAUGCCGUGUGCUGUAAUGGGUGUACCUAGUGUACUCAUAUGAAAUAAAUGUUUUUGAAUUUUG